AAUCACCUGAAAUCGCCGUGUUGUUAAUUUUUUUUUACAACACACAAAGUAUAAGAGAGACAGAGAUUGAGAGAGAUACUUCAAGUCACAGCCAUGGUCGCACAAAUAAUCCUGCUAGUCAUCUGCUGCAUUUGCAUUAAACACUAUGCCAAAAGUGAAUUCCAACAAAGUCUGGCUAUAACCGAUAUUCUUCCCGAGGACAUAAAGCGUUAUGAUAAAAUGCGACCACCCAAAAAGGAGGGUCAACCCACUAUUGUUUAUUUCCAUGUAACGGUCAUGGGCUUAGAUUCCAUCGAUGAGAACUCAAUGACCUACGUAGCUGAUGUGUUCUUUGCUCAGACAUGGAAGGAUCACCGGCUCCGUCUGCCCGAGAACAUGACCCAGGAGUAUCGAUUGCUCGAAGUUGAUUGGCUAAAGAAUAUGUGGCGACCCGAUUCUUUCUUUAAGAACGCGAAAUCGGUGACAUUUCAAACGAUGACCAUACCCAAUCAUUAUAUGUGGCUCUACAAGGAUAAAACCAUACUCUACAUGGUUAAGCUAACUUUAAAGCUAUCCUGCAUCAUGAACUUUGCAAUUUAUCCGCAUGAUACACAGGAGUGUAAGCUGCAAAUGGAGAGCUUAUCUCACACUACUGAUGACCUGAUCUUUCAAUGGGAUCCCACCACGCCCCUUGUGGUCGACGAGAACAUUGAGUUGCCCCAAGUGGCGCUGAUACGCAACGAGACCGCGGACUGUACGCAGGUCUAUUCGACUGGCAAUUUCACCUGUUUGGAAGUGGUAUUUACACUGAAACGCCGCCUGGUUUAUUAUGUAUUCAACACGUACAUUCCAACCUGCAUGAUUGUGAUCAUGUCAUGGGUUUCGUUCUGGAUCAAACCGGAGGCGGCGCCAGCGCGUGUUACACUGGGCGUGACGUCACUGCUUACACUGUCCACGCAGCACGCCAAGUCGCAGUCCUCAUUGCCACCCGUCUCCUAUCUAAAGGCCGUGGAUGCAUUCAUGUCCGUCUGCACGGUGUUUGUGUUCAUGGCAUUGAUGGAGUAUUGCCUGAUCAACAUUGUGCUUAGCGAUACGCCCAUACCUAAGCCCAUGGCGUAUCCACCCAAGCCAGUGGCCGGUGAGGCGGGGAAGAAAGAGGGAGAGGCAGGAUCCGGCCCGCAACCGGGUGGCAGCAAUACCACAACCAACAAACAACCGACGAUGCUGCCUCUAGCGGACGAGAAGAUUGAGAAGAUUGAAAAGAUAUUUGAUGAGAUGACCAAAAACAAGCGAAUUGUAUCUGCAACGCGACGUGUGGUGCGUCCACCGCUAGAUGCCGACGGUCCCUGGAUACCGCGUCAGGAGUCGCGCAUUAUAUUGACCCCGACCAUAGCGCCACCACCACCUCCACCGCCGGCACCGGAGCCGGAGCUACCCAAGCCGAGGCUAACGCCCGCCCAAGAGCGUCUCAAGCGUGCCAUUUACAUAGAUCGAUCAUCGCGUGUGCUCUUUCCUGCUCUCUUUGCCAGCCUCAAUUGUAUCUAUUGGAUUGUGUUCUACGAGUAUCUGUAAGAUACGAUAGCCCUCUGCUGGCUCUCAUGUAAAUAUGGGUCUCUCCCGGUAGUUCCUCCCUCAACUCACUCUCUCCAUAUAGUACAACUUAAUCAAAUGUUAAUUGUUCGCAAUAUUGAAAAAAAUAUGUAUCUACUCUUAAGUCAACAAGUUUUAAACUAAAAGAACUAAAGAAAAAUGUAACAAUCUGUUGCAUAUACUUAUAUCUUUAUCGAAUGAAUGAAUAAUUUAAAUGCGAGUAUAUGAAUUCAAUUCCUAAAUGCUUAAUGUUAAAAUUUCAAUGACGAUAUAGCUGUAGUCUUAUUCUAAAUAAUACUUUAAUGUCUUAAAAUGCUUUUAAUUGUAAAUAAAGUAAAAUA